AUGUCGUCGCAGGCCGGGGCCCAGAAACCCCAGAUCCAGCCUUGUCGCUACAAGACAGGGAAAACACUGGGCGCAGGCUCGUAUUCGGUCGUGAAAGAGUGUGUUCACAUUGACACGGGGAGAUACUAUGCGGCCAAAGUUAUCAAUAAACGACUGAUGGCCGGUCGGGAACAUAUGGUGCGCAAUGAGAUUGCUGUGCUCAAACGAGUCUCGGUGGGACAUCGCAACAUCCUUACACUGGUCGACUAUUUCGAGACCAUGAACAACCUAUAUCUCGUGACAGAUCUAGCAUUGGGAGGGGAAUUGUUCGACCGCAUCUGCCGGAAGGGCUCCUACUAUGAAACUGACGCCGCAGAUCUCAUUCGGGCGACUCUGUCAGCGGUGGCAUAUCUCCACGACCAUGGCAUUGUCCACCGAGACCUCAAACCAGAAAACCUAUUGUUUAGGACGCCAGAAGACAAUGCCGACCUGCUCAUUGCAGAUUUCGGCUUGUCGAGGAUCAUGGACGAAGAGCAAUUCCACGUCCUGACCACGACGUGCGGCACUCCGGGCUACAUGGCGCCAGAGAUCUUCAAGAAGACCGGACAUGGCAAACCUGUGGACCUCUGGGCCAUUGGCGUCAUCACAUACUUCCUCUUAUGCGGCUACACACCCUUCGACCGGGACAGCAACCUGGAAGAAAUGCAAGCCAUCCUGGCCGCCGACUAUUCCUUCACCCCCGUCGAAUAUUGGCGAAACGUGUCCGAAAACGCGAGGGACUUUAUCCGACGAUGUCUGACCAUCGACCCACGGGCACGCAUCACCGCGCAUCAGGCACUCCAGCAUCCCUGGAUCCGACCGGAUGACCCCACCAGUCCUGAGCAGGCCGCCGGCGAAGGACAGGACCUGCUGCCGACGGUCAAGAAGAAUUUCAAUGCCCGACGCACGCUCCACAAGGCCAUCGACACCGUGCGCGCCAUCAACAAACUCCGCGAGGCCGGAGGCUUGAUGGCCGGCCAGAUGGACGGAGCCAUGAGCGUCGAUCCCAAGCCCAAAGCCGAAAUGGUCCUCGGCAGCAAAGUGCUCAAUGAUCAAGGCCAGCCCAUUCCAGGUGAGGAGGCCCGAGGACCCACACAGUCGACCGAUCACGACCACGAACAUGGCGAUGGCGGACACGACGUGGAUGCCAUGGAGAUCGAUUCUCGCGGUAAUGCCCGAGGCCAGACCGAAGACCAGAUCCGUCGACAGCAGAGGAAGAUUGCCGACACCGUCAGUGGGCUGUGGGGUCACAAGCACUAG